AUGCGCUUCCAAAUCCACCAAGUCGACCUCUCCAGCCCAGAGUUUGAAGCUCUCAUCGCCUGCGAAGUCGAGAGCUUCAACAACCCCCACCAAUCCAUCUUCCGCUUCUUCUACCCUAUCUUCGGCGACGAAUCCCCAGAAGAAAAAGAGCAAGCCCUAAAAAGCCUCAUCGAGCUGCACCGACAAUGGGUCCGCUCAGACCCAGACAGCAUCUGGCUCAAGGCGAUCGACACGCAGAACAACAACAAAAUCGUCGGCGGACUGCUCAUCAAAAUCCACCGAACAAAUCCUUUCGCAAAGCCCAAAACUGCGUCUGACUCGGCCCUGUGGUAUCCAUCCGGCAGUAAACGAGCGUACAUCGACGCGUGCCUCGCGCUCUUCAACUCGCCGCGUCAGAAAUUCAUGCAGCGGGCUCAUCUGUACUCGUACAUCGGCUUCGUGCACCCCGACUACCGCCGGCACGGGAUCGCCGACCUCCUGCUAGAAGAAGAGUGCCGGCGGGCCGACGCGCUGGGGCUCGAGGCGUACAUGGAAGCCGUGACGGCGAUGGGGGUGCCGAUCUUCAUGCGCCAUGGGUUUAUUCCCUAUCGGAAGGUUUCUGUGCAGCCAGCCAGAAAAGAUGCGGAUGAGGAGUGGAGGGAUAUGGAGGAGAAGAUGCAGCCGUUAAGGUUCUGGCCGAUGUGGAGGCCUAAGCAGGGGAAGUUUGUGGCUGGGGUGACGAGGAUGCCGUGGGAAGGGGAGAUGGGGGGGAUGUUUAGUAAAUUGUGA